CUUUGACAGUGUCUUUGAUUCCAAGCGAUGAUCUCGACUCCAGCUUAGGAAGAGCUUCUGAGCUCUUCCCUCUGUUGUUUUCUCUCUGUUCAGGAACAAAGAGAUUUUAUUUUUUUUUUUCUGCCUUUAAUUAAAAGGAAUAAUUAUUCCCCGCUCCUUUGUCGAGCGGCUUGAAGACGCUCUGCAAACACCCGUCAGCUCGGCGCCGCGGCGGGGCGAGCUCUGCUGUGGUACAGGGCAUGGAGAAAUGGGGGAACCAUCCCGAAAUCCCACGGCAAACACGGAGCAGCAGCCGCGGAGGAUGCUGACAGCCACGGUCCGCGGAUAACGCGGAGACUGCGGCCGCCGCCAUGCCCGACUCUCCGGCCGAUGUGAAGACGCAGGCCCGCGCCACGCCGCCCAGCAUGCCCCCGCCGCCGCCCGCCGUCACGCAGGGAGCCACGCGUCACCCCUCCUUCACGCCCGGCACCAAUCGAGACGCUGGCCCUCCGACGUUUCUGCCUCGCGGCCGUUUUCAUGGUUGCUUGAAAUGGUCGAUGGUCUGUCUUUUGAUGAACGGGAGCAGCCACUCGCCCACCGCCAUCAAUGGGGCUCCGUCCACCCCCAACGGGUUCAGCAACGGGCCGGCCGCCUCCUCCAGCGCCUCCCUGUCCACCCACCAGCUCCCUCCGGCCUGCGGCGCCCGCCAGCUCUCCAAGCUCAAGCGCUUCCUCACCACCCUGCAGCAGUUUGGGAACGACAUCUCCCCCGAGAUCGGGGAGCGGGUGCGCACCCUCGUCCUGGGGCUCGUGAACUCCACCCUCACCAUUGAGGAGUUCCACGCCAAGCUCCAAGAGGCCACCAACUUCCCGCUGCGACCCUUCGUCAUCCCCUUCCUCAAGGCCAACCUGCCGCUGCUGCAGCGGGAGCUGCUGCACUGCGCCCGCAUGGCCAAGCAGACCCCGGCCCAGUACCUGGCCCAGCACGAGCAGCUGCUGCUGGACGCCAACGCCUCCUCUCCCAUCGACUCCUCCGAGCUGCUCCUGGAGGUGGGCGAGAGCGGCAAGAGGAGGACGCCAGACAGGACCAAAGAGAACGGUUUGGACCGAGACCCCCUGCACCCCGAGCACCUCAGCAAGCGGCCGUGCACCAUGAGCCCGGCGCAGCGCUACAGCCCCAGCAACGGGCUGGGGCACCCCCCGAACGGGCUGGGGCACCCCCCCGCCGGCCCCGCCCUGCCCCAGCACUACCGCCUGGAGGACAUGGCCAUGGCACACCACUACCGGGACACCUACCGGCACCCCGACCCCCGGGAGCUCCGCGAGCGCCAGCGGCCCGCCGCCGUGCACGGGGCGCGGCAGGAGGAGGUGAUCGACCACCGGCUCACGGACCGCGAGUGGGCGGAGGAGUGGAAACACCUCAACAACCUGCUGAACUGCAUCAUGGACAUGGUGGAGAAGACGCGGCGGUCGCUGACGGUGCUGCGGCGGUGCCAGGAGGCCGAUCGCGAGGAGCUCAACCACUGGAUCCGGCGCUACAGCGACGCCGAGGACAUGAAGAAAGGCAGCCCCCCCUCCGCACGCCCCCACAACUCCUCCUCCUCCUCCUCUGCCGCCGAGGCUCCCCAGUUAGACGCUCACCGGGACUUCGCGCCGCGGCCGCUCUCCGGGUACAUGCCCGAGGAGAUCUGGAGGAAGGCUGAAGAAGCUGUGAACGAGGUGAAGCGCCAGGCCAUGUCCGAGCUGCAGAAGGCCGUGUCGGACGCCGAGCGGAAAGCCCACGAGCUGAUCACGACGGAGCGCGCCAAGAUGGAGCGGGCCCUGGCCGAGGCCAAGCGCCAGGCGUCCGAGGAUGCCCUCACCGUCAUCAAUCAGCAGGAGGACUCGAGCGAGAGCUGCUGGAACUGCGGGCGGAAGGCCAGCGAGACGUGCAGCGGCUGCAACACGGCGCGCUACUGCGGCUCCUUCUGCCAGCACAAGGAUUGGGAGAAGCACCACCACGUCUGCGGGCAGACUCUGCAGGGGCUGCCGGGCGCCGCCGCCCCCGGGCCGGGCCAGCCCGAUGGCGUGCCCGCCGCGGCCAGCAGCCCCAGCGAGGCGGGCUCGGUGGCCGCGUCCCGCGCCGGCACUCCGGCCACGCCGGCGCCGCUGGACAGCGCGUCCCGCUGAUCCGCCCGGAGCCACGGACUGCGCCCCGUGCGAUUUCCUCAGCUACCUGACUCGUGUGACCUCCGAAACGACCUCUCUAGCUCCUCGCAACUAAUCCUCACGGAUCCUCAAACUGGGCUUUAAGUGGAGUUAAGGCAAAUACCGGUCUCUGUUCUUUCUUCAGUCUUUGGUUUGGCUUUUUUUUUUUUUUUCAGUUGGUUUUCUGUCGGUUCGGGGAUUGUGGUUUGGGAUUUUUUUUGCGGGUUUUUGGCUGGUUGUUUUUUGUUUUUUGGUUUUUUUUUUUCCUUUUUUUGCUCUUUGGAUGAGGGAUUUGGCUCCAGCCUCGCCACGCAGUGCUGUGGGGAGAGACCAGCCCGAUCCCAUUGCCCAUGGGGCUCAACUUGGAGGAGGAAAGAACCUUCUUUUCUUCAUCUCUCUCUUCCUAUUUUUUUUUUCCUUUUUACUUUUUUUUUUUCUUUUGUAAAAAAAAAAAUAAAGAAAAUAAAAAAGAAAACGUCGGACUCUUUGGCUUUAAGUAAGAAAUUGUAAAAAAGGAAAAAAAAAAAAAAAAGAAAAAAAAAGAAAGAAAGAAAAAUCCAAAAACCAGACGACGCGUGACGGACGCUCACCUGUAACUACCUUGCUAGCUAGCCAAGAACAGACCAGACUCACCUCUGCUCCAAAGGAAAUCCAAAACCAAGGAAGAUCCAAACAUCUCUCCACUGCCAAAGUUCGUUUCGUUCUGUUGUCGCUUCCUUCCCCUCCCCACAAGGAUGGAUGGACGUGCCCCUGGGGCUUUAAAGAAUUUCUAUUAAAAUAAAGAAAAAAAAAAAAAAAAAAGUGUUUUUUUACUAAAAACCCCAACCCCCAAGGUGUGGGAGGGGGAGAACCGCAGCCGGAGCUGGCACAUCUCUACCUCUGCCCACCACCGACCUGGAAAAGGAGAACGAAAAGGAGAUUUUUAAAAAGAAUAAUAACAAAAAAAAAGGAAUUUAAAAAAAAAAGAAAAGAAAAAAAGGGAAAUUAAAAGACGGAUAUUGGGUUUCUUCCCUCCCCGAAGCCGUCGGGGGAACCCCCCCCAAUCCCUUCACUGCCAGGCUGCUCCCACACCCCGCGCUGGAUUUGUUUCACAAGGAUUUUUAAGAGGAAAAGGAAAAGGAAAAGGAGAAGGAACGCUGCCUCCUUCCCGGCCGAGGACGAUGUGGAUUAUUUGGGAUUCUCGCCUCGCUGGAGCGGCGCGGAGGACGGAAGUGCAAUACGGAAAGUCCGAGCUGCGAGCGGAGGCGGCGGUGCUGCGCGCUGAUGUGAAUGUAAAUAGUGUCUGCAGAGGUCCAAAAAAUCAAUAAUGAUGAUGAUGAUGAUGAUAAUUCAUGAUAAUGAUCGUGAUGGUGAUGAUGAUGAUGAUGAUAAGAGACGUUUGCCAAAUAAAGGAUGAGGAGGAAGCGUGGGGCCGUGGCGCUGGCCGGAGCGAGGCCUGGCACCGAGCGGGAGGAGCCGGAGUUUUUCCGCAUUUGCAGAACCCAUCCCGUGUGUUUUCCGUCGGGGAGGAAGAGGAGGGAAGGGCUCGGGGCCGUGGGGGGGGUUUGUGCUGCCAGUCCCUGGGCCAGGCUGGGCCACGGCAGAGCUUGGGACACGCCAAGGGUGAUGUCACCGGCCCUGUGCCACCGGCACCCAGCCCUGCCGGGGGUUCUGUGCCCCCCAAGGCCUUGGUGCAUCCCCUGGGAGGGUUCUGUGCGCCCCAAAAUCCUGCUGCAUCGCCUUGGAGGAGUUCUGUGCACCCUAAGACCUUGCUGCCUCUCCCUGAGGGGGUUUCUGUGCACCCCGAGAUCUCAGCAUCCUCCCAGGGUUCUUCUUCUGAAGAGGUUUCUCUGCACCCCAAGCUCUUGGUGCAUCCCCCCAGGGGGUUCCUGUGCACCCCAAGCUCUUGGUGCAUCCCCCCAGGGGGUUCCUGUGCACCCCAAGCUCUUGGUGCAUCCCCCCAGGGGGUUCCUGUGCACCCCAAGCUCUUGGCCCAACCCCGGGGACGUUUCUGUGCCCCCCAAGACCCCGGUGCAGCCCCUGGGUGGUUUCUGUGCCCCUCCCGUGACUGUUCACUUUAUUUAUGGUGUGACAUAUGUAAUAUUGUCUAUUUUUCUUACGUUUCCUGAGAAGAGGUAAUAUAUAAGAGUAUUGCAGAUGCCCCUGCUCGCCCGGGUGUCCGGCCCGGCCCGUCCCCGCCGUGUCCCCGCGUGUCCCCGCGUGUCCCCGCAUGUCCUGCCGGGGCUCUGCCUCUCUACCUCCACCUCGCCGGGAAACCGCGGGCGAGAGCGCUUCCACAGGGACUGCUCUCCCUUCCACUCCACUCCCUGCUGGUUUGCUUUUUUGGAAUUCUUAUGACUUUUUUUCUUUAUUUUUUUUUUCCCCUUUCCGUUGGUGGUUUUUUUUUUUUUUUUUUUUGAUAAGAAUAAAACUACCCUACC